AAGGCUCAUGUCUCAGACCUGGCGGUAGGGAUGGAGAAGGGAGCCCUCCCACCAGCGGCCGAGAGGGACCUGUGCAAGUGGCUGCAGCGGCGAUGCUUAGGCCCGGCAGGCAGGCGCAGCGGAGGGGACGCUGGAUUGCAGAUUUCCAGGAUGUCCUGAAGGAACCCUCAAUUGCAUUGAAGAAGCUUCGGGAACUCAGUUUUAGUGGCAUCCCCUGUGAGGGCGGACUGCGGUGCCUCUGCUGGAAGAUUCUCUUGAACUACCUCCCCUUGGAGAGAGCCUCAUGGACGUCCAUCCUGGCCAAGCAGAGGGAGCUAUAUUCUCAGUUCCUGAGGGAAAUGAUCAUCCAGCCUGGCAUUGCCAAGGCCAACAUGGGUGUGUCCCGGGAGGAUGUGACCUUUGAGGACCAUCCGCUCAACCCCAGCCCCGACAGCCGGUGGAACACGUACUUCAAGGACAAUGAGGUGCUGCUGCAGAUCGACAAGGAUGUCCGGCGGUUGUGUCCAGAUAUAUCCUUCUUCCAGAGGGCCACCGAGUACCCCUGCCUCCUCAUCCUGGACCCCCAGAAUGAGUUUGAGACCCUUCGUAAGCGGGUGGAACAGACAACGCUGAAAUCCCAGACAGUGGCCCGGAACCGGAGUGGGGUCACAAAUAUGAGCUCCCCACACAAGAACCCUGUGCCGUCGUCCCUGAAUGAGUACGAGGUGCUCCCCAACGGCUGCGAGGCCCACUGGGAGGUGGUAGAGCGGAUCCUGUUCAUCUACGCCAAGCUGAACCCUGGCAUUGCUUAUGUUCAGGGCAUGAACGAGAUCGUGGGGCCCCUCUAUUACACCUUUGCCACUGACCCCAACAACGAGUGGAAAGAGCAUGCCGAGGCGGACACCUUUUUCUGCUUUACCAAUCUCAUGGCCGAGAUCCGGGACAACUUCAUCAAGAGCCUGGAUGACUCGCAGUGCGGCAUCACCUACAAGAUGGAGAAGGUGUACUCCACCUUGAAGGACAAGGACGUGGAGCUCUACCUGAAGCUGCAAGAGCAGAGUAUCAAGCCCCAGUUCUUCGCCUUCCGCUGGCUGACACUGCUGCUAUCCCAGGAGUUCUUGCUACCUGACGUCAUCCGCAUCUGGGACUCCCUCUUUGCCGACGACAACCGCUUUGACUUCCUCCUCCUUGUCUGCUGUGCCAUGCUCAUACUGAUCCGGGAGCAGCUGCUGGAAGGGGACUUCACCAUCAACAUGCGGCUCCUGCAGGAUUACCCCAUCACAGACGUCUGCCAGAUCCUGCAAAAAGCAAAGGAGCUCCAGGACACCAAGUAGUCCGGCAGCUGAAGGCCACACAACCCCUGUUUCUGGGCUUUCUGGAUGCAGAAGCCUGUGGGAGUCUCAGCCCGAGGAGCAAUUGCAGGACUGGUCUGCUCCAGGCCUUCUCACCUUGGCUCCGUGAUCCAGGCCGCCCCACUGGGGCCACACUGUGCUGUGUCCUCCCCUCUGUCAGGCCCAGACCCUGACUCCCGCCUGCCCUCCAGCCCUGCCCCUCUUUCCCAGGCUGGUGAGCAGGGCUGGAGCUCGGGGAGUUCUCGCUCCUGGGGCCGGGGGCCGUUUGGGACCACUGGGAGGCUGGCAUGGACCCUUCCUGCCUCGGCCCUGCUGCUCUUGCCUGGUUUCCUGCUCUGGUCUUCUCCUGGUCUGGGAGGUACUUGGCACACGGGCCAGAGAGCACCCUGAGGUUGGUGCUCAGGCUCCUGCGUGGGGAGGUGGACCGAGGCACUAAACAGCUCCCAGGUCUAGGCCUCGCCUCCAUCUCGCCCGCUAAGCAUGAGUGUCUGUAGUCGCUGAUUGUCUGUGUCCCCACGUCCCCGGUGUCUGCUUCUCUGUGUGUGAGAGGUGGGGGUGUCUGAGCCCCCCGCGUCUCUUGCUUCUCCUCCUCUGUCUCUACCUCUCUGCCAUCGCCCCCCACCUCUCACAGGUGUUUGUGGCCUCUCUGUCUCUCUCUCCACUGUCCACUGUCGCCCUCCGCCCUUCUCUCUUGGGGUGCCUUAUCCUGAGCCGCCUCCCCCACCUCCCUCCACGCCCAUGAACCUGGGAGACAGUU